AAUUAAAAAUAAUUCACCUAGAUGAUGAAUCUUCAAAUGAUGGUGUAUUGGAAUGUAAUUUCCAUUUAUUUAGUGUAUUACACCUACUUGCUAAGAUAAAGAAUGAAAUUGGUACCGGUAAAUGUGAUCUGACUACCCAGGCUGAGACUUCUUAUGCGAAAUAUUAUACCCAAGAAAAAAAUGAGAAAUGGCUCAAAUGGUGCAACUGGCCGUCUUUUAUCUUAUGCUUAGCUGGAUCUUGGGUAUGUGUUUUAAAAGCAGUAUAUGUUGAGAAACUCAUUGUAGAUCCCUUAAUGGACCUCAUACCUCUUAUUUCUAUAAACAUUCAAGAUCACACAGAGCGAGAGUAUUAUGGAUCGAUAGCAAAUCCACAAAAUUCACAAUGGUUUUUUUCUUAUCCAAAUCAAUACAAACAACAAGAUACAACUAUAGAAUUUACAUAUGAAAAAAAGCUUGUAGAUCAGCCAGACAAGCUUCUUUGGAAAGCUAUAACAAAGGGCGGGAGUGAACUUGUUGUUAAAUUCACAUGGCGUUAUAAUCAGAGAGUACACGAGUUGUGUAGCAAAAUUGGAAAAGCGCCAAAAUUACUCUAUAUUAGCAAUGAGGUGGUGUAUAGUUUUUAUAUAGUCGUGAUGGAUUAUAUUAAGGCCAAGCUACUUUACAACUACAAUAAUUUGCUUAGUCAUGAUGAAUAUAAAACAGCUUUUGAGAAUAUUGAAGAAGCUAUCAGCAAAUU